AUGGCCUCUACAUACUCCAGUCCCCACGACAGCAACGGCGAGUUAAGCGACCGCGAGCCGAGCCCCGGCCCCAAACAGCUCAGAGUGCGCGUCUCGUCGAAACACUUGGCCCUCGCGUCCAGCUAUUUCGGCAGACUGCUCGCCAAUUCCAAAACGGUACUUCUCCCCGACAUGUGGGAAGAAUUCCGCGGCGACAUCACGCAGCCCCUGCUGCUCAUCCUGCGCGCCAUCCACGGCCAGAGCAGGAAGGUUCCCCGGUUCCUGGGCUUCGAGAUGCUGUACAAGGUCGCAUAUCUGGCAGACUACUUCGGCUGCAGUGAAGCCGUUGAGAUAUUUGCUGAUACCUGGAUCCGUAAUGCGGAGGACCUGCUCCCGAUGAGCUACACUGUCGACGUGCCGCACUGGCUCUGUAUCGCUUGGGUUCUUCGUCAUAACGACCUCUUUACUGCUGUUACGUGUCUGGCUAUCCACACCAUCGCCAAAACCCGAGAGGAAUACAUGGAAGAGAUCCUCACCUCCGUCUACGACUACAUUGACGCCCUCUCGCUCGACGACUCCACCACCUGCUGUCCAGACUGCGCGUCGUUGAUCCUCGGCUUGUUACUCCGCCAGCUCACGUCCCUCAAACUCUAUCCCCAGCCUGACCCGCCGUACUUCACGCACAGCUUGAACGGUCUGCUCAAGUCGCUCCCGACGCUGGAACCACCGCGCUGCAGUGCCCACGUCCAUAAGCUGAACGGAUGUCACGGUCGCUGUGCCGUGUUGUUGCCUCGGACGGGGGAAGUGUUGCAGAAGAUUGAGGCGAAGAUGAAGGGCUUGGAUUUGGAGGAUUAUGUGGAUCUUGCUUGGGUGCCUCAUGUUGGUUGAUUGGUUGAUUGCUUGGUUAAUUGAUUUGCUUGGUCUUGAUAUAGUGAUGGUUUGGAGUGGGUGGGUUUAUUUUUAUGCCUUGGGUAUGAUUUUCUUUUUGACUGGCAUUUUGUCAUUCUUUUUGUCAUUCUUUCUAUCUUUUUUUUUUGUCUUUUUUUUAUCUGUGUAUUUUGGUGCAGAGGACUUAUAACUAAUGGAUGUUUAUUAUUUUGAAGAGUGGUUAAGAGGGUUAAGAGGGUUAAGAAGAGUAUUCGAAAG